AUGGAACGUAAGCUCCAAUUGGAGGAAUUAGAAUGUCUUAGGUUAGAAGCAUAUGAAAAUUCUAGGUUUUAUAAGGAAAAAGCCAAGACAUUCCAUGACCAAAAUAUUAGGAGGAAGCGCUUUAAGAUAGGUGAUGAAGUGCUUGUGUACAAUUCAAGGUUGCGAUUGAUGCCCGGAAAGUUGAGAUCUAGGUGGGACGGUCCAUUCAAGGUGGUGAAUGUCAAGCCUUAUGGAGUGGUGGAGGUGAUUCACCCUAUCAAUGGAAUCAAAUUCAAAAUCAAUGGUCAUAGGUUGAAACUUUACCAUACUCAACCCAAGAAUGCCAAGGAGUUGGAGAUUUUCCUCCUUGGAGAGGUUUCAAAUUGA